UGCAUUCUUAUAAAUUUAUUUUCCUUUCCUUUAGUUGGUCAUACGCGAGUAGAACAUUUCUUAGCUCCAUUUGUACAUUGGCACAGUCCACCACGUAGUCCAAUGCCUUUCCAAAAGUGGUUCGUGCCUUUUGUAGGGAGGCCGGAACGAGCACUCCGAACCACUUUAUGGGAUCCGGAUAACCGGCUUCCUUAUCGACCGGAUACUUAACGAGCUGUACUUGUGGAUUUCCAACGUCAUCGAUGGUUUCCUCCAGGGCACUGAGUGGGUUCAUUUCCUUGGAAUCCUCAGUGGGUAACUGUACAGCUGAUACCGAAGUAGGUCCUUUGUAGAAUCGUGUUUGGGCCAAGCUCAAUUGACCAUCGUUUGUGGUACUUUCGAUGUAAGUUUUUAGCUUCACUUCUUCCUGUACAAGUUCCAGGGAACGUAUCAACAAUUUAUCCAUCAGUUGGCAAAUUUCGUCUCGGUCUUCGGUCAUUUUUGAAGGUAAAAUUUUUAUACGAUACUCAAGCAACUUUUGAUCAGAUGAUGAAAAUAUUUCGAGUUCGCAAGUACACUCUAAGAUGAAUAAACCCAGAGAUCAGAAUUUUUGUACACGCAACAUUUACACAAUAUUUCAAAGAAUUAAUUUUACUCAGAAUGCAGUUGGUAAAAAAUACUUCUCAGUUAGCUUUUCCUUUCUAAAUGUGUGAUAUAAGUUUUUAUUUAUCAAUAAUCGUAAAUAUAGCUGUAAUAAUUAGAAAUCCGUGUUAAAUAUUUACGUUUCCCCUGAAUAAUCGUUCAAAAUGAUGAAUUGUAAACCAAUUAUCACAUAUUCAGGGGAUAUACGAUUGUUCAAGACACUGGAAUCACAUAUAGUGGCUGCCCUCCCGACUGAUACGGCCGAGUGGAAGCGCUCCUAUGGGCGCCCGGUGAAGAAUGUCCGCGUAGGGGGUACCUUCAGGCAGUUUGAUGCGGCUGCUCUGGAAAAGUAUCGGGAUGGAUCCUGGAACAUCGUAGAUCAUCCGGUACUCCAUAUCUACGUGACUGAAUGUAGCGACGUGGAAGCUUACCGUGGAUCAGUCAAAGAAGAAAUUGACCAAUGGUUGAAAGUCCUUAACAGUUUCAACGUGGGCGAUUGGAUGAUUCUCCUGGUUGAAACUUUGGAUAUUAAAAAGUCCAAAAACAUUCUUCCGAGGACUACUGUUUUAGACAAGAUAAGGCUAGAUUUUGCCUCGAAGAAUGGAGAUCGAUGCCUAUCGGUACUGAACUCAACAAAGUUUGAAAUGAAGGCAACGGAGUCAUUCCGUUGUUUAUUGCAGAGGAUCCGACACCUGAUGCUGACGGGAUAUAACAAGAAUAUUGUAAAAUAUGAAGAACUGAUUCGAUCCAAUCGGGAAAAUCGAAUCCAAGAGAACUGGAACUUCAUAGAUUAUUUUUUGCUCCAGGAACAGUUAGCAUUUGUCCUAGAAAUGCUGGGUCAGUAUUCAGAAGCAUUGGUGCAGUAUGAUGAAUUGGAUGCACUUUUUUCACAAUUUAUUCUAAACUCGGUAUACGGUGAAAAGCAAAAAUGGUUGAACAUAUUCGAUCAACCGCUGUAUGCCUUUCACGGCAUAUCCCUUAAUCCGAUCAAAAUGCAAGAAACGCGGAACAAGAUUAUCAGCCAAUCAGUCAAUCUGCUGGAAUUCAGAAGUUAUCUUUUCGAACGGCAAUGCUUGUUGUUGAAUGCGAAUGGCAAGCCGUGGGAAAUAGCAGAACGUCUUUUACCAUUCCUUUUCUCAACGCUAAGAGAAAUAGAAGCCUUGAAACUUGAAACUCCCGAAGGAGCCCUCGCAUGCUGGGAGUUCGUGUGUGCCCUCGAAGUAUUGAACCUUUGUGAUCAGGUUCAGGAAUCGAAGGAUAUACACAAAUGCUCGCAAUUCUCCGCACCGAUAUGGAAUCUGACUAAGGACAAAUUAUACAGCCUUGGCAAGCAAUGUGGCUUACUACCGGGCUUCACCCCGACUUCCGAACAGCUUCAUACUGUUGUGCAUCUAUCAGCAGGUAUGGGUGAUGCCAUCCCAGAAAGCAAAAGCCCAUCCCGGCUUGAUGCGGAUACAAGCGAUAAAAGACCAAACUCACCUGGACGCAAGCCAAAAAAAUCGGCAACCGAUAGUCUGAAAGAAGCUCUGGGUUCGAAUCAGGCGUUUACAAAGCUCUAUCUGGAACUGAGUGAAUUGGCCAUCAGCACAUACAAGCACGUAUCCCGAUUGCGUUCGGCACGUUUGGUUGGUUUGGGCUUAGGAAAUUUCUAUAUUACACUUAAUGAACCCCAAAAGGCAAUUGUUUUCUUCACGGAUCUACUGCGGGAGUUGAAAAACGAAAAUUGGCACUACCUUGCCAGCCAGACUUUGCUGGAAAUGGCCUCCUGCUACCGCAAAAUGCAAGAUACCAUAAACUACGCCAAAACGUGUAGUGCCAUUUCAUGCUGUUUGGAUUUGGAAACAAUGGUCCGAACGUUCUACUUUGACGAGUUUCUGAAAUCCGUCGAAGUGCUCAAAGACGAACGAAAAUUCAAUAUCGAUACGCUCGAUGUAAUUGCUGUUUUGGAGGAUCACUUCAAGAUAAUCGAAAUAACAGUAGCAGAAAAAAGUAUCGUACAAGAUGACACAAUCCUAGUUACGGUCAAGAUCGAAAGUCACUUUCCCCGAGAAAAUUGUUGUCCCCGAGUGUCUCUUUCCUUUGAGAUGGAACCCAAAAGCUCAACAGAUUCACCUUCGAGUCAAGUUGUGAUGCCGACAACGGUGGACAGUUUGGCUGUUUUACCAAUCAGUGUUCAUUUGGACUACAAACAGGAUCAUACAUUGAGCUGUGCUUCGGUAGCCUGUGAUAACAAAAUCAAACAACCGGUUCGAAGGACCAGUAGUACUAGAAGGAAGAUUUCUCCCACCCAAAGAAGUGAUUUUACCAAUUGUGUUAGUAGCGAAGAAAUCCAGUUGCAGCCCGGAAUGAACGUCGUAAAGUUGAGCGCAAAGGCCAAACGGGUGGGAACUUGGUGUUUCAAGCAACUGGCCGUCCAAAUCGAUGGUGUUGAAUUUCUGUCCGAAAGUUUACCUUCAAAGCUGUCUAACUUCGAAAUUAUUACCAAAUCAUCCUCGGCGGUUUUGAAUUUCAUGAACCUAAUAGCUGGAGUAGAACAACCGGUCAAAAUGAUUAUCUCUGGUGGUAGUUUCCGCUUCCCUAAAGACGCUGCUAUCACGUUAAAGUCAUCAAAAAAUUUGAAGUUGCGAGUAGCAGCAACAGAUGAUGGUGCAGCAAAAACUACUUUCGAACGUGAACUAGUGGUUCGUUUGUCAGAUUUUAAAUCCUUCGAAGAAAGAACAAUCUGCUUGGACGCACUGUGUGAUUUACCAGGACGCAGGGAGGAGAAACCAAUAGAACAGAAAGUUACACUUCAGGUGCCAUGGAGCAGGAAUGACAUUCAAAUUCCACUUCAUUUUCUUCCUGCCCUAACAGCAUCCUGUCGGCUACAUUCUUCAGGAUCAAGAAAAUUCCUGCAAGUUAUCCUCAAAGGCGUCAGUGAUCAUAAGCUCGUAUUAAAAGAUGCUUCAAUGUCUUGCGCGGCCGAAGGAGUAACUAUUAUUGAUAUUAAUCCUAAGUCACAGAACGAGAUUGUUAUGAGUAAAAACUUGUCUAUCUCGUACCUGUACGAGAUUCAAGUUGAGGCCUUGAAGGCAGAAAAUGAGCUUCCAGUCAUUCACGUAGACUUUCGAAUGAAAUUCGCUGAUGUUAAUCUCCUUGAACCUGAACGAUACUUCAUUCCGUACUCAGUAACAUUCGACGUAAUGGACUACACAACAUUGUUUACAAUAUGCGCCAAAAUUGAACCAUCGGAAUUGUGUAGAGUCAACUCGGUGUGUCACUUGAACUUGCGCAUUUCAAAGGUUCAUGCCAAUCCGUUCAACGAUCUCAUGUACGAAGUUCUGGCUGAUCAGAACAUGUGGGUCGUUGUCGGAAGAACAGCGGGUGUCAUUUCAAUGGAAGAAGUCGACAGUCACAGUAUUACGUUGGAUGUUUUGCCACUGACGGCUGGCUUCCUGCCCUUGCCUAACAUUCGCCUGUCCAAAUACAUCUGGACGAACAAAUCAAAGACCGAUGCACAUCCCCGUUUGCAACCGUUUCCUCCAGGACAAAUUUACAACUCCACCAAGAGCAUGCAGAUACAUGUUCUGGCAAGCAGCAACGCUGAAGCAUAAGAAAAUGACAAGAAAGCAGCACAUUUGACUAUUAUUCGUUCUUGCAUAAAUUUCCAAAAGUAUAUCUGAGUAACAAUGAGAGUUUAUUUAUAUUUAUUAAAUAUUGAACCUUAAUUAUAUUCCCGAAAAUAAAUAUACUUAUAAUCCAUAAAA